AUGGCGUUCCUUAAACUCCGUGACCAGCCAUCACUGGUGCAAGCUAUAUUUAAUGGAGAUCCUGAUGAAGUUCGAGCACUAAUAUUUAAGAAAGAAGAUGUUAACUUUCAGGACAGUGAAAAAAGAACUCCACUGCAUGCUGCUGCCUAUCUUGGAGAUGCAGAGAUCAUUGAACUGCUUAUUUUAUCUGGAGCUAGAGUUAAUGCCAAAGACAGCAAAUGGUUGACACCUUUACACAGAGCAGUUGCAUCUUGUAGUGAGGAAGCAGUUCAGGUACUUUUGAAGCAUUCUGCAGAUGUUAAUGCUCGAGACAAAAAUUGGCAAACCCCUUUACACAUAGCUGCUGCUAAUAAAGCCGUGAAGUGUGCUGAAGCUUUGGUACCUCUUCUGAGUAAUGUGAACGUGUCUGAUCGAGCAGGGAGAACUGCAUUACAUCAUGCAGCUUUUAGUGGACAUUGUGAGAUGGUCAAACUACUCCUGUCUAGAGGUGCCAAUAUUAAUGCUUUUGACAAAAAAGAUAGACGAGCUAUCCAUUGGGCAGCUUAUAUGGGUCACAUUGAAGUAGUGAAAUUACUUGUGUCACACGGAGCUGAAGUGACGUGCAAGGAUAAGAAGUCUUACACACCUCUUCAUGCUGCAGCCUCUAGUGGAAUGAUCAGCAUAGUCAAGUACCUUUUAGACCUUGGAGUUGAUAUGAAUGAACCAAAUGCCUAUGGAAAUACACCUCUCCAUGUAGCCUGCUAUAAUGGACAAGAUGUUGUCGUGAAUGAACUUAUAGAUAGUGGUGCUAAUGUAAAUCACAAGAAUGAGAAAGGGUUUACUCCUUUGCACUUUGCUGCUGCCUCAACACAUGGAGCGCUGUGCUUAGAGCUCCUGGUGGGCAAUGGGGCCGACGUCAAUACGAAGAGCAAAGAUGGAAAAACCCCACUGCACAUGACUGCCCUCCACGGUAGAUUCUCCAGAUCACAAACCAUUAUCCAGAGUGGAGCUGUAAUUGACUGUGAAGAUAAAAAUGGAAACACCCCUUUGCACAUAGCAGCAAGAUAUGGCCAUGAGCUGCUAAUCAACACUCUUAUUACAAGUGGUGCUGACACUGCAAAGCGUGGCAUACAUGGAAUGUUCCCCCUCCAUUUGGCAGCCUUGAGUGGUUUUUCAGAUUGCUGCAGGAAACUCCUUUCUUCUGGAUUUGACAUAGAUACUGCAGAUGAUUUCGGUAGGACCUGUCUCCAUGCAGCUGCAGCUGGAGGAAAUUUGGAGUGCCUAAACCUUCUGCUGAAUACUGGUGCAGACUUCAACAAAAAGGACAAAUUUGGGAGAUCUCCACUGCACUAUGCUGCUGCCAACUGCAAUUACCAGUGCCUGUUUGCUCUUGUGGGAUCAGGAGCCAGUGUGAACGACCUUGAUGAAAGAGGAUGCACACCCCUGCACUAUGCAGCUACAUCAGACACAGAUGGCAAGUGCCUAGAAUACUUACUAAGAAAUGAUGCAAAUCCAGGGAUCCGGGAUAAGCAAGGAUACAAUGCAGUUCAUUAUUCAGCUGCUUAUGGUCACCGUCUAUGUCUUCAGCUGAUUGCAAGUGAAACUCCUUUAGAUGUUUUAAUGGAAACCUCUGGAACAGACAUGCUCAGUGAUUCAGACAAUAGAGCAACAAUAAGCCCUUUACACUUGGCUGCCUAUCAUGGUCACCAUCAAGCACUGGAAGUGUUGGUACAGUCUUUGUUAGAUCUUGAUGUGCGAAAUAGUAGCGGAAGAACACCCUUAGAUCUUGCAGCAUUUAAGGGCCAUGUUGAGUGUGUGGAUGUGCUCAUCAAUCAGGGAGCCUCAAUCUUAGUAAAAGAUCACAUUUUGAAGAGAACGCCUAUACAUGCAGCAGCAACAAAUGGUCAUUCAGAAUGCUUACGACUACUAGUAGGAAAUGCAGAACCACAGAAUGCUGUAGACAUUCAAGAUGGAAAUGGACAAACUCCUCUGAUGCUGUCUGUCCUCAACGGGCACACAGACUGUGUUUACUCAUUGCUAAACAAAGGAGCAAACGUAGAUGCCAAAGAUAAGUGGGGAAGGACAGCAUUGCACAGAGGGGCAGUAACAGGCCAUGAAGAAUGUGUAGAUGCAUUGCUUCAACAUGGUGCUAAGUGCUUAUUUCGGGACAGCAGAGGGCGGACACCUGUCCACUUGUCAGCUGCCUGUGGACACAUAGGUGUUCUGGGAGCCCUUUUGCACUCAGCAGCAUCUGUGGAUGCAAAUCCAGCUAUAGCCGACAAUCAUGGAUAUACAGCACUUCACUGGGCUUGCUAUAACGGUCACGAGACAUGUGUAGAACUUCUUUUAGAACAGGAUGUUUUCCAGAAGAUAGAAGGAAAUGCUUUCAGUCCAUUGCAUUGUGCUGUGAUAAAUGACAACGAAGGUGCUGCUGAAAUGCUAAUUGAUACAUUGGGUGCCAGCAUCGUGAAUGCCACAGAUUCAAAAGGAAGAACUCCUCUCCAUGCAGCUGCCUUUACAGACCAUGUGGAGUGUUUACAGCUGUUGCUCAGCCAUAAUGCUCAAGUCAAUUCUGUGGACUCUUCUGGAAAAACACCUCUCAUGAUGGCUGCAGAAAACGGACAAACAAACACAGUUGAGAUGCUGGUUAGCAGUGCUAGUGCAGAUCUGACUUUACAAGACAACAGUAAAAACACCGCCCUCCAUUUGGCUUGCAGCAAGGGUCAUGAAACUAGUGCCUUGUUAAUUCUGGAAAAGAUAACAGAUAGAAACCUCAUCAAUGCAACUAAUGCAGCCUUGCAAACACCUCUGCAUGUUGCUGCCCGAAAUGGGCUAACAAUGGUGGUUCAGGAACUUUUGGGCAAAGGAGCAAGUGUGCUUGCAGUAGAUGAAAACGGCUAUACCCCAGCUUUGGCCUGUGCUCCCAAUAAGGAUGUGGCUGAUUGCCUAGCUCUCAUUUUGGCCACCAUGAUGCCUGUCUCAUCAAGUAGCCCUUUAUCAUCCCUGACAUUCAAUGCCAUUAAUCGUUACACCAACACCUCAAAAACAGUCAGCUUUGAAGCCUUGCCCAUCAUGAGGAAUGAACCUAGCUCCUAUUGCAGUUUCAACAACAUUAGCGGGGACCCGGAGUACUUAUACGCCGAUGUGGACGAGCUCAAUGACUCCGAUUCAGAGACCUACUGA